CCGAGUUCCCAGCCUGGCUUGAACCUGGCAGGUCAGCUCCCCAUGCAACCUUGCUGGCCAGCAGGAAGGGGUUAACAGCCGCACGCGCGUCCCUCCCGGGUCCUGUUACCGCCGAGGCGGACCUGCCGGGCCAGCCCAGCAACUUUCCUCUCCCGUGCGGCAGCCAGCCGGGCCAGCUCAGAGGGCAGCGGGAGCGAGCGAGCCAGCAAGGGGCCCUGGCUGCAGCCCCCCGGAGGACCUGCCGCGCCCUUCUGGGGGCCGGCCCCAUCCCCAAAAAGAGGGUCUCUGCCGCAGCGCGGGGGGCCUGGUGGAUGGCUCUGGGAACGCUGCCCGGGAGGUGCCAUCCCUCUAGCACACAGGGUCACUGCGGAGGAGGCUCGUGGUCCCCGUCCUGGGGCUGGGGCCAAGGGGGCCUGCACCCCAGAUCCAUGCGGGACCCGAGGACACAGUUGCCCUGCUAAGCACAAGGUGGCCCCUCCGUGGAGCCGGUGACUUUCCCUCGGAGGCCUCCAGCUGGGGCGGAGGCCGCCCAUGUCCAAGUCCCCCGCCAUGACGACCUCCGCCUUGCGGCGCCAGGUGAAGAACAUCGUGCACAAUUACUCGGAGGCAGAGAUCAAGGUGCGCGAGGCCACCAGCAAUGACCCAUGGGGCCCCCCCAGCUCGCUCAUGUCAGAGAUCGCCGACCUGACCUUCAACACAGUGGCCUUCGCCGAGGUCAUGGGCAUGCUGUGGCGGCGCCUCAAUGACAGCGGCAAGAACUGGCGGCACGUGUACAAGGCCCUGACGCUGCUCGACUACCUGCUCAAGACCGGCUCGGAGCGUGUGGCUCAGCAGUGCCGGGAGAACCUCUACACCAUCCAGACAUUGAAGGACUUCCAGCACAUCGACCGCGAUGGCAAGGACCAGGGCGUCAACGUGCGAGAGAAGGUCAAGCAGGUGAUGGCCCUGCUCAAGGAUGAGGAGCGGCUCCGCCAGGAGCGGACACACGCCCUCAAGACCAAGGAGCGCAUGGCGCUGGAGGGAAUGGGCAUUGGCAGCGGGCAGAUGGGCUACAGCCGCACCCGGGGCUCCCCGUCCUCCUACAACUCCUCCUCUUCCUCUCCCCGUUAUGCGUCGGACCUGGAGCAGGCGCGGCCACAGACAUCUGGGGAAGAGGAGCUGCAGCUGCAGCUAGCUCUGGCCAUGAGCCGCGAGGAAGCCGAGAAGCCUGUCCCCCCCGCCUCCCACAGGGACGAGGACCUGCAGCUGCAGCUGGCUCUGCGCCUGAGCCAGCAGGAGCAUGAGAAGGAGGUAAAGUCCUGGCGGGAAGAAGACUCCCCCAUGGCCAAUGGUGCUGGGGCCCCAGCCCGCCGGCGGCGGGACAGAGAGCCUGAGAGAGAGGAGAGCAAGGAGGAAGAGAAGCUGAAAACCAGCCAGUCUUCCAUCCUGGAGUUGGCUGACCUCUUCACAACAGCCCCGGCCCCACCCUCCACACACUGCUCUGCUGACCCCUGGGACAUCCCAGGUCUCAGGCAGAGUGCAGAGCCCAGCGGCUCAUCCUGGGGGCCUUCUGCGGACCCCUGGUCUCCUGUUCCCUCUGGGAGUGCCCUGUCCCGAAGUCAGCCUUGGGAUGGACCCCCUACUCUCUCCUCUUCUGAACCCUGGGGCCGGACCCCAGCACUACCUACUGCAACCGCCACUACAGACCCCUGGGCACAGAGCUCUCCCCACCAUAUACUCAACACUGGGGCUGACCCGUGGGGAGCCUCCCAGGAGACCUCCAAUUCACCUGCUCUAGGUGGCACCUUGGCCUUGGACCCAUUUGCCAAACCUCCAGGAUCCACAGAAACUAAGGAGGGGCUGGAGUAUGCCCAGACUCUGCCCUGUUCCGGAAAACCCAGCAGCCCUGUGGACCUGGACCUGUUUGGAGACCCCAUCCCCAGUUCCAAGCAAAACGGAACCAAGGAGCCAGAUACGUUUGACUUGGGUGUGAUGGGGGAAGCGCUGGCCCAGCCCAGCAAGGAGGCCAGAGCUUGCCCGACUCCAGAGUCCUUCCUGGGCCCAACGGCCUCUUCCUUGGUCAAUCUCGAUUCAUUAGUGAAGCCACCCCAGGCUGCAAAGACCCGGAACCCCUUCUUGACAGGUCUCAGCGCUCCAUCGCCCACCAACCCAUUCGGGGUGGGUGAGCCUGGUCGGCCUACCCUGAACCAGAUGCGCACUGGAUCCCCUGCGCUGGGCCUAGCGAGUGGCGGACCACUAGGGGCGCCCUUGGGCUCUAUGACCUACAGCGCCUCCCUGCCCCUGCCACUAAGCAGCGUGCCGGCGGGCGUGACGCUCCCUGCCUCUGUGAGCGUCUUCCCCCAGGCCGGCGCCUUCACGCCGGUGCCCGGGAGCCUGCCACAGCCUCUCCUGCCGUUGUCGGGCUCGGGGGGUCCGCUGAACCCGGCUCCACAGACUGGCACCAAUCCCUUCCUCUGAGCGU